GACGAGCCCGAGGGCCCGACGUACCGCGAUCGCGCGAAGGAACGAAGGAACGAGACGAACGCGGACUACGAAGGCGACCGCGGAGGCGCCGCGCUCGAGGGCCUCUCGAUCGAGGAGAGCAAGUUCUUGGGAGGCGACGUCGAGCACACGCACCUCGUGAAGGGCCUCGACUUUGCGCUGCUGAAAAAAGUGCGCGCGGAGAUUCGCGAGAGCGAGAAGGACGACAAG